GAGUUGACUAUUGUGCUCUGAGUGAUCAUGGCUGUGAACAGUUGUGUGUAAAUGGCGAUAGGUCUUACACUUGUCAGUGUUUUGAAGGAUACAGGCUUCGUAAUGAUGGGAAAACCUGUAAACGUAAAAAUGUCUGCAAAUCAGUCAAUCACGGCUGUGAGCAUAUUUGUGUUAGUGCUGACAAUUCCUAUGCCUGCAAGUGUCGUGAGGGAUUCAUCCUGAGAGAAGACGGCAAAACGUGCAGAAAUAAAGACAUUUGCCGUUCAGUUGACCAUGGCUGUGAACACGUUUGUGUUAAUGCUGAUGAGUCAUACAUCUGCCAGUGUUACGAGGGAUUUGCACUGAGGGAAGAUGGAAAAACAUGUAGAAAUAAAGAUGUUUGCAAUUCUGUUGACCAUGGCUGUGAGCAUGUUUGUGUGAAUACUGACAGUUCAUACAUUUGCCAGUGCUAUGAGGGUUUUGUAUUGAGGGAAGAUGAGAAAACGUGUAAAAAUAAAGACAUCUGCAAAUCAGUGAAUCAUGGCUGUGAACAUCUUUGUGUUAAUAAUGACGAUUCAUACACUUGCCAAUGUCAUGAUGGAUUUGUACUGAGGCAAGAUGGGAAAACAUGCCGAAAUAAAGAUCUUUGCAAAUCAGUCAACCAUGGCUGUGAACACGUUUGUGUUAAUACUGAUGAUUCGUAUAUCUGCAAAUGCCAUGAUGGAUUCCUACUGAGAGAAGACGGGAAAACCUGCAGAAACAAGGAUGUUUGCAAUUCAGUCAACCAUGGCUGUGAACAAGUUUGUGUGAAUACUGAAGAUUCCUACAUCUGCAAGUGUCGUGAAAAAUUCAUACUGAAGGAAGAUGGAAAGACAUGUAGAUAUGAAGAUGUUUGCAACUCAGUUGAGCACGGCUGUGAACAUAUUUGUGUUAAUACUGAUGAUUCCUAUGUCUGCAAGUGUCACGAGGACUUCAUACUGAGGGAAGAUGGGAAAACUUGUAGGAGUAAAAAUCUCUGCAAAACAGUCAGCCAUGGCUGUGAACAUGUCUGUGUUCCAACUGGCGAUUCAUACGUGUGUCAGUGUCACAAGGGAUUUGUAUUGAGGCGAGACAGGAAAACAUGCAGGAAUAAAGACCUGUGUAAAUCCAUUGACCAUGGCUGUGAACAUGUGUGCAUUAAUAAUAACAAUUCCUACAGCUGUCAGUGUCAUGAGGGUUUUGUCCUGCGACAAGAUGGAAAAACAUGUCGAAAUAAAGAUGUCUGCAAAUCAGUUGCCCAUGGUUGUGAACAUAUUUGUGUUAAUAAUGACGAUUCAUACAUCUGCAAAUGCCAGGAGGGAUAUGUACUAAAAGAGGAUCAGAAAACAUGCAGAGGAUGCAGCGAAGGCCCAGUUGACCUGGUGUUUGUGAUUGAUGGAUCAAAAAGUCUUGGAGAGGAUAAUUUUGAAAUUGUAAAACAAUUUGUCUCAGGAGUCUUGGAUUCCCUUGAGAUUUCACCCAAAGCUGCUCGAGUUGGUUUGCUUCAGUAUUCCACUGAAGUUCGCACAGAGUUUACAUUAAGGCAGUUCAGCUCAGCCAAAGACAUGAAGAAAGCUGUAUCGCAAAUGAAGUACAUGGGGCGAGGUUCCAUGACAGGACUGGCUCUGAAGCAAAUGUUUGAGAGAAGCUUCACAGAAACAGAAGGAGCAAGACCACUUUCAGCAAACGUCCCCCGAAUCUCCAUUGUGUUUACAGAUGGACGAGCCCAAGAUGAAGUCUCUGAGUGGGCUGCUAGAGCAAAACGAAAUGGUAUAAUUAUCUAUGCUAUUGGAAUAGGAAAAGCAAUCGAGGAAGAACUGCUAGAAAUUGCUUCUGAGCCACCAUAUAAACAUCUCUUCUAUGCUGAGGAUUUCACAGCUAUGGAGGACAUAAGUGAAGAGCUAAGAGUCCAAAUCUGUGAAGCCUUGAGAGAGUCAGCACACCAGCAGGAUCCAUCAUCUGGGAGGCUUCGUAAGACUGGACCACAGCCUUCAGGACCUGAAUCAACCACAAUAGCCAUCACAGAUGCCAUUGCCUGCCCCAAUCUUGCAAUACACCACAAGUAUCUUUUUGAAGACAGUCACACUCACUCAACAAGAACAACAGCAAAAGCUUCAAAAGACAAAGACCAGUGCAAAUGUGAAAACCUUGUGACAUUCCAGAACUAUGCAACCAAUGAAGUAAGAAAACUCACCCAGCGAUAUAUCCUUCCAGAGUAAUUGUUUCUUGCAUGUAAGACAAGGGGGGGCAAGUUAAAAGAAAGGAUAAUUACAACACAU